CGCCGUCUGGGCGUGCGCUCCCGACCCAUGGCUGGCUGGUGGCACCCGGCACCCGGGAGCGACGCGCCCCUCGGCGUGGAGCGCUCCCAGGGGCUGCGCUGAGGCGGCGGCAGCAACGGUGGCAAUGCAGCCAGCGCAGCGGUGGCCGGGACCGGGAACGGCCGCGCGGAGCUUGGAGGACGCGGGACGCGCCGCGCCCCGGCCACUGACUGAGAAGCGGCCCCACCUGGAGUUAGCCUGGGGGCAGUCCAGGGUCCACCAGACCCCGGGAUGACCACAGCCAGCCGGGCCAACCCCUACAGCAUUGUGUCAUCAGAAGAGGACGGCCUACGCCUGGUUACCAUGUCAGGCGCCAACGGCUUUGGCAACGGCAAGGUGCACACACGGCGCCGGUGCCGCAACCGCUUCGUCAAGAAGAACGGCCAGUGCAACAUUGAGUUCGCCAACAUGGAUGAGAAGUCGCAGCGCUACCUGGCUGAUAUGUUUACCACGUGUGUGGAUAUCCGCUGGCGCUACAUGCUCCUCAUCUUCUCCCUGGCCUUCCUCGCCUCCUGGUUGCUGUUCGGCAUCAUCUUCUGGGUCAUUGCCGUCGCCCAUGGAGACCUGGAGCCAGCCGAGGGCCGCGGCCGUACCCCCUGUGUGCUGCAGGUCCACGGCUUCAUGGCAGCCUUUCUCUUUUCCAUCGAGACGCAGACCACCAUUGGCUACGGGUUACGCUGCGUGACCGAGGAGUGCCCGGUGGCUGUCUUUAUGGUGGUGGCACAAUCCAUCGUGGGCUGCAUCAUCGACUCCUUCAUGAUCGGUGCCAUCAUGGCCAAGAUGGCACGGCCUAAGAAGCGAGCGCAGACUCUGCUUUUCAGCCAUAACGCAGUGGUGGCUUUGCGCGAUGGCAAGCUCUGCCUCAUGUGGCGCGUGGGCAACCUGCGCAAGAGCCACAUCGUAGAGGCCCACGUGCGGGCCCAGCUCAUCAAGCCCAGGGUCACAGAAGAGGGUGAGUACAUCCCACUGGACCAGAUUGACAUUGACGUGGGCUUUGAUAAGGGCUUGGACCGGAUCUUCCUGGUGUCGCCCAUCACGAUCUUGCACGAGAUCGAUGAGGCCAGCCCACUGUUUGGCAUUAGCCGUCAGGACCUCGAGACAGAUGACUUUGAGAUUGUGGUCAUCCUAGAAGGCAUGGUAGAGGCCACCGCCAUGACCACCCAGGCUCGCAGUUCCUACCUGGCUAAUGAGAUCCUGUGGGGCCACCGCUUUGAGCCGGUUCUCUUUGAGGAAAAAAACCAAUACAAGAUUGACUACUCCCACUUCCACAAGACCUAUGAGGUGCCCUCCACGCCCCGCUGCAGCGCCAAGGACCUAGUGGAAAACAAGUUCCUCCUGCCCAGCGCCAACUCUUUCUGCUAUGAGAACGAGCUGGCCUUCCUGAGCCGAGAUGAGGAGGACGAGGUGGCUACAGACAGAGAUGGCCGCAGCCCGCAACCUGAACCUGACUUUGAUAGACUACAGGCUAGCAGUGGUGCCCUGGAGCAGCGGCCCUACAGACGGGAGUCAGAGAUUUGAGUGCCCUUGGCUUAGGUGCAGUACUACCCUGACCACGAUAGGUCCCAUGUCACCCCGGGGGACCUGGGUUUCAGCAGAGCAGGCCAAAUGCCUCAGGUCACAGACUCAGUAGCGUUUUUUAGUCUUUUCAUGUUCUUUCGCAAUAGCUUGGGAAAGUUGGUGGGCCACUCGGGUGGCCAGGG